AUGCCUAAAAGAAGGAGAUUAUUUACACCAUUGAAAAAUAGAUCAGCAAAAUCACCACACAGUAACGAUGCCAGAGAAGUGGCUACAGCUCGUGGGAGGCUGAAAGGAGCCUUGAUGGAUGUACUGGAUCCAUCAGCAGAUAAUAAUUCUGAUGCAUCAUCAGAUUAUGCUCCAGAGAAAAGAGACAGCCGAGACUACAGAUCAGAUGAUGAAGACAGGUACAGAAGAAAGAGGUCUCCAAACCGACAGUCUUAUGUCCUAAAGCUGUUUGACCGAAGUGUAGACCUGUCACAGUUCAGUGAGGAAUCUCCCUUGUACCCUAUUUGCAGAGCCUGGAUUGUCAACCAGCCAAGAGCUAAUUAUAGUGAACUUGGGAAAAGGGAAGAAUCCCAAUCAUCAUCGUCUGAAAACUUGGAGCUGCCAGGACCGGAAGGGCCACAUGUGUCUAAAAUACCCCCCUUGUUACCCGAGCAACUGAAGGCCGACAAAAAUAAUAUCAACUUGAAUUAUCGUGAAGCCCCACCACCGACGAAGGAACAGCUCCUAGCUUCUCACUCAUCUCGUUGGGUGGCAGUGCGACAGGCCUGGCUGGAACAGGCUACUAAAGUAGAGGCACGCUAUGAGAACACGCAGCAAGUCCUCAACAAGAUGAAUGUUAAGUAUGUACUUGGAUUUGUAUUUAUAUUUUCCAUAGCUUUAUAG